AUGCAUCCACUAAAGAACCUAGACACUCAUAUUUUUUCUGGGGACUUCCACACUCUAGGCUCCUGCCACACAGGCAAGGCACCUUUGGCCAGUCCUGUGGAAAAACGGAUGUAUCGGAGCGUGGAGAACCUUCACUGGGCAACACCUGCUGACUCUGGGCUGUAUUCUCACUGCCGGAGCCUGGAUAACGAGAUCAUCUUUCGCUAUAGAGGCACCAGUCAGUGGACAGAAGGCUGUGUGGAUGUGGCCCCAGUACAGAGCACAUCGGACUCUCUGAGAAACCUUUCUCUCCAUGCUAAACAGACAUCUCAAUCAGCACAGAAUGUGCUCCUCCCUCCCUUUGCCAAAGUGCCUCAGUGGCUUUUCCCUUCUGCAGAGGAAAAAGCCCUACACGGGGAUGCCAAAAAAGAGCUGAAGGAGAAGCUGAGGCUGCACAGCAGUAAAGUGGCAGAGCCCUGCAAGCCAGUGCGUCCACAGGCGGCCCUGCCUGACCUGAUGGCCCGGGAGUUUUUUGAAUGCCAGAUGUGCCGGCAGUACAAGAACGGUUGUGCUGUCAACUGCUGCAUGGUUUUGGUGGAACACACUGCUCUCAGGCACAGCCUCACAGGGAGGCAGAGACUGUGUUUUGCACACAGGAUCAUCAGUCCAGAAGACAUCAAGCAGGAGGCUCAGAGGAGGCUUCAGCUCCGAAGGCAGAACAGCUCCCCCAAUUUGCCCCUUCAGCAUGCCGGGGAAAGCCAUGAGAUGGCCAAAUGCAGAACAGCAGAAAUCCUGGAACAAUAUAAUGGGGAAACAGAUGUCAAAGCCACAUUGGGACAGAGCAAGAAAGGCCGCUGCAAAGGGAGGCUGUACAUACCCACCUUUGAAGAAUUCAAGCGAAUGAGAAGUAAGGAGGCAAAUUCAUCUGCCAGAAGCAGUGGGCCAACAGAGUGCUUGAAUAAGGGUCUGCCAGCAAACCAGACCCUGGAGGAGGAGAAAAAUAAGAACGUCUGUCCAGAAGCUCUGGGGACCAAAGCUGUGAAUGAAGCUGCUGUCACAGCGGAGGAUGACGACGAUGUGUUCCAUGAAAACCACACCUCUGCUGGCUUUUCCCAAUAUUCAGCCACAUGGGAUGGUUUCAGAAUGAGCAGCCUUGAGGUGAAGGACAGAACCUUCCAGAUCUCCAGCCCGGAUAGAUCCCUGGUCCCCAUUUGCUCUAGCCCUAUUCCACGAUCACCUUUGCAGGCAGUAGCAAUACACAGAGCUGGGCAGGAGAUCUUCAGUGAUGAGCAGCAGAAAGGAGAGACAAGACAAUUAAAUGAUGUCCUCCACCUUGCAGGGCAGUCGCUGGCUUCUGAAGCCCAGUCCUCUUGCUGUUCAUCGCUGCUGUUAGAAGCCACAGACUUAUCCAGCUAUGGAGCUAAACUACAAAAAAUGAAGGAUGAAUUCAUAGGUUCAGCCCUGGAACUUAUUAAGAAAAGCUGCAAUGCUGAGACUGCUGCCAAAUCCCCCUCCAAGGGACAGUGUGAUCUGAGGGAAGCUGAUCUCCCACCUCCAGAGGACAGCCAGCAGCCCACAGCGAUGUCCAUGGCAACAGAGACCUGGGAGGACAAGCCAAGCAAUGAGACAUCCAGCGACACACCACCUGCAGGGAAUACCCCCAGUCCCGGCUGCCGCCGCUCCAGCUCUGACAUCGUCCAUGAGAGCACGGAUGGUGCCAAGGCCCAGCGGGAUUGCCGGCUGCGGCCACACUUCAGUGACCCUAUGCCGACAGACUCGGUGAAGAGGAAGCAGCUGGAGCUGAAGAUUGCAGCUGCAGCACGGCAGCACGCACAGAAGCGCCGGCAGGAGCGAGACUACGGUACCCACAUUCUGCACACUCAGAGGGGCUUUGAUGAGACCCGCCGCACCCCACGUGGCUCCCUCCGCUCCAGACAUCAUUGGAGCAAUGUCAGCAGCCUGAGCACGGACAGCGGGAUUGUUGGCGUGAAUGAUGUCCGGGAUGACCUGGAUCCCAGAGAGGCCACCCGGACCAAGUCAGCGGAUGUGGAGAGGGCAGAUAGUGGCAUUGGCCAGAUGCCAGCCAGAAAGUGGAGGAACAGGGCAUCUGAAACGCUGAGCUCCCUGCAGGCCUGGGAAGCCCACCGUCCCUGCACCGACUGUGGAGAAAGGGACCUCCCAAGGCGGGCUGACCUCUGUGAGAAGUGCCGCAAGCGCAGGACAGAGCGCAAGGAGUCUGUGCUGGAGUUUGUCAACACAGAGGCCAGCUAUGGAGAGGACCUGCGCAUCAUCAAAGAAGAGUUCUACCUCCCCAUGCAGGCAGCUGGCCUACUGAGCCAGGAGCAGCUCCUGGGCAUUUUUAGCAACAUCCAGGAGCUCAUCGACCUCAACGAGAACUUCCUGGACGUACUCCAGGAAGAGAUCGAUCAGGCCUUUGACCAGGGUGAUGAUGACCUGAUGACCGUGUGCAUCGGCGAAAUAUUUCUAGAGUUCGUCAACAUGCUGCCAGCCUUUCAGACCUACUGUCUUCAGCAGUCCUCCUCCGUGAAUAUGCUCAAUGCGCUGGAGAAGGAGAAAGAGUUGCUCAGAAUAUUCCUCAAUGUCUCCCAGAAUGACAACACAGCACUGCGGCGGAUGAACUUGAGGUCCUUCCUGAUGGCCCCUUUGCAAAGAGUCACCAAGUACCCACUGCUGCUCAGCAGAAUCAUCAAGGCCACCACCGAGUACCACCCAGAUCAUGGCAGCCUGCGGGAGGCCAAAAGCCGCAUCGAGUCCCACCUGGAGCACAUCAACAUGAAAACCAAGCAGGAGGGGAACACGUGGACCCUCCGCUCCUUUCGCCAGGACAGCAAGAAGAAGAGGGAAGUCAUCAACAUUGAGAUGAGAGAAACCGCCCUCAAAACUGUAGGUUGGCUGCGGGAGGAAACGCGAUUUGUGAUGGAGGGGUCUCUGCAGCUGGCCCAGCCCCCCGACGGCCAGUGGGUGAAGAAAGGCAGCAAGACCCUGAAGUUCCAGAACAUGCAGGUCCUCCUCCUGGUGAACAUGAAGCGCGUGUCUGAGUCCAGCCUGGAGUCAGCCGAGCCAGGGCCUGUGAAGGACGCUGUGCUGGUACUCAUCAGGGACAAAAAUAACGGGAAGUUCCAUUUGCUCAGGGAGCCCUUGAGGCUGAGUAAUUGCAUCGUCUCCACUGAUCCUGACUGCGACGACACUUUUGAACUCAUUGAGAUCAGGCGGGAGGCGUUUGUGUUCCGGGACAGCGACCGGGCACGGACUCACCACUGGUUCAGGCAGAUCAGGCGGUACUCAAGGGAGCUGGGCUCCUGGAAGAAGCGGCGGAAUGCGCUGCCCAACAUCAUGAUCAGCACCCCUCACACCAGGCCCUGA